GGUGAGGAGGAGGAGGGGGCCCGGUGAGGGAGAGGAUCACAAAAUUCAGGAGGGUGGGGAGCCCCCAAAUCCCAAAAUUCAGGAGGGUGGGGAUCUCCCGAAUCCCAAAAUUCAGGAGGGUGGGGAUCUCCUGAAUCCCAAAAUUCAGGAGGGUGGGGAGCCCCUGAAUCCCAAAAUUCAGGAGGGUGGGGAGCCCCCGAAUCCCAAAAUUCACGAGGGUGGGGAUCCCCUGAAUCCCAAAUCCCAGGAGCUGAGGAAGAGGAUGAACCCCAACAGCCCGAGUUUAGGGGCACCCCAAAAUCUGGGGUGAGGGGGAUGAAGAAAGACCCCAAUACUCAGGUCAAGGGGAGGAACCGCAAUGGAAAACCCCAAAAUCCGGGGUUAUCUGAUAGCCCCAAACCAGGGGGACCCCGGGGUGAGGAAGAGGAGGGCCCCCAAAAAGAAGAAUUUAAAAGGGAACCUCCCACCCCCCUGAACCCAAAUACCCAGGAGGGGGGGCCUGGGGAGGGAUUUGGGGGUCCCAGGGGGGCUGAGGGCACCCCCCGGGGGAGAUUUUUUAGGGGGAUGGGAGUGGGAGGGGCUCUGUUUUUGGAAGGGCCCCCCCCAAAAUUGAGCUCAAUAAAAACCUUGAGUGACAUCCUCGGUGUGUUUGGGGACCCCAAAAUGACUGAAACCAUCCCCAAACUGACCCCUAAACCCCUAAGAUUGACUCCAAUGCAUCUAAAAUGGACCCAAAUACCAAAAAUUGAUCCAGAUCCCCCUGGACUGACCUGAUCCUGCCGGACCCCCAAGGCCCUGAGGUGAAUCUUUGGGGGAAAUGAGGCAAAUCUUGCAGCAAACCCUUGAAAAUCGGAAAGAACUCGGGCCGGGAGUUCCCAAGGAGAUUCUGAGGGUUCCCAAAGGGGUUUUCGGGUUAUUCUGGGGGAUCCCCAGGAGGUUUUUGGGGUUUUUUGGGGGGAGGUUUCAGGGACGCCCUCGCCUCCCCUCACGGUUCAAUAUGGCGGCGCUCCCACAAUGCGAGAGGGCGGGAAACCUCCACUUCCGGCUUCGCCCCGCUGAGGGAGGCGGGCGAGCCAAUCAGAGGCGGGAUUAUAACUCUCGACCAAUCAGAGCGGCCAUGGGGCGGAGCGAAAAGGCCGAACGAAUCAGAAAGCGCGGCAAGAGCGGAGCGACAGGGGCGUCGACCAAUCAGAACCGAGAGGGCGGAAAGGAGGGCGGUGCAGGCUCCGUGCUUUAGAGUCGCGGCCUGGUGCCGCUGCCGGCCCCGCCGCCGCCGCCGCCGCCGCCGCCAUGAACAUCCUCCCGAAGAAGUCGUGGCACGUGCGGAACAAGGACAAUGUGGCGCGGGUGCGGCGGGACGAGGCGGCGGCCGAGGUGGAGCGGAGGAAACGCGACGCGCGCGCGCUGCGGGCGGAACAGGAGGUUCGCACCGAGCUCCUGAGGAAGCGGGCGCGGGUCGGGGGUCGCAGCCCCUCGCCCACCGCCCCCCCCGUGCUCUUCCCCCCGCCCGAGGAGGCUCCGAACCGCGAGCAUGAGGCGGAAAAAAGGCGGGAACGGGAGCGGCGCGAGCGGGCGCUGGGGGUCCUGACCUACCUGGGCCAGAGCGCGGCCGAGGCCCAGACCUGCCCCCCCUGGUACCUGCGGCCCCCCAAAAGUGGGGAGGGGGCUCGGGAGGUGCAGGGGGGGCGCAAGGCCCUGCUGGAUCCUCUCCAGGACAUGAGGAAGGGGCUGCGCCGAGCCCCCAGCCCCGAAAAACCCCCCCGGUCACAGCCACGGAGCCCCCCCGGAGGAAAAGGGCUGGAGGAGCUGCGGCGGCAGCGCUUGGCCCGUGAGGCAGCCGAGGCCGCCCGGAGCCGGGAGCUGCUGGAGGGGCUCCGGGACCCCCAAAAUCAUCAUCAGAACCCCCAAAAUCGGCUCCGGGAACCCCAAAAUCAGCACCGGGAACCCCAAAAUCGACACUGGAAUCGCUAAAAUCGGAUCCAGGAACCCCAAAAUCAUCAUCGGGACCCCCAAAAUCGGCUCCGGGACCCCCAAAAUCGGCACCGGAAUUGCUAAAAUCAGAUCCAGGAACCCCAAAAUCGGCACCGGGACCCCCAAAAUCGGCACCGGGACCCCCAAAAUUGGAUCCAGGAACCCCAAAAUUGGCACCGGGAACCCCA